UGCAACGAAGGAUUUGAAAAAAAGAUGCCCGUUUUGUUUCAAGUGGAAGGUUUUCAAAUGCAACAGCGUGCUCCUGUCAAUUCUUUCUUUGCAAUUGUGACAUCGAUCUGCCCAUAGUGGUGAUCAUUUUAGUCCGUUGGAAAAAAAUUAAAUCCUCAUUUCGUUAUUCCCCAAUAGCGGCGGAGUUAGCAGGCAGGCAGUCGCCGCGCCGACGUGCACCAGAAGUGACGAGAGACGGUGGGUGGGCUGGUGAUAUUGUUCAGCCUAGGAGCUGGGAAAUGUCGGCAGUGCUGUUGUUGCAUCACCUGAGGAAGAAGCGGUGGCAGCAGCAGGAGGAGGAAGGGGAGGAGGAGGACAAGGAGCCGCCCCACAGGCACAAGCUGAAAAUGGACACGGCGGUCAGCCAGCCCACCGAAUGUCCGGGUCCGUCCAGCAAGCGGAUCAGAACACAGGAUACUUCUACAGAAGGCCGUAAAAGAACAGUCAUACACCAGCUGUUUGACGCCAGCACCUCGGUCAUGUACACCAUCCACGAGACCACAGACGAAGAGAGCUUUAAGAACGCCAACGGGACGUCCAGCUUGAUCAGCUCGAACGACGGCUGCACCCUGACCGCAAAUGUCCCCUCUACGAACAACUGCCCACCAUCUUCAAAGAUCAGGCGAUCGACAAGCACGGGCAGCAUGAUCAACCGCACACCUGUCGGACUGAGCAAUCAGUUGUGUAGAGUGAACAGAUUCUGUGGAGUGAAUCAACUGCACAACAAGAAAAUUCAAACCACAAUCAAACCCAAAGUCAGAACAGUUGGUAUUCAAGUGGCAUUUGGAGAGAAGAAGCUGCUUGCUUCUCAAGAGACUCAAACCGACUGGACACUGCAGCCAACACUCCCUCUGCAGGAUUACUCGCACUCUGUGAAAACCGAAAUCGUUGAUGCUGUUUAAACUUUGUUUUCGUCACAAACUUGUUAAUGAACAGAUACUUUUCCCAGAGUUCCCAAUACUUUGUACGUUUUGCUCUUUUGUCUAACGGGCAAAAGAACUCCAAUAACUGUGUGAACUUCUGGUUUACCUUGCAUACAGCUGGCCGAAGGUGCAGCUUGCUUUGGGGCUGUGUCUCCCCAAAGCUGGUUGGCGUCACUGCAACGGCAAUUGUGCAGGUUGGUUAGUUGCAGGUCUGAAACGCGCGAAGCAUUUGGACAGGUCUGAACGUCUUCAUCUUGACUAAAACAAAAAUUUACAGUUUUCCUCUGGGAAAUGUUUUUGUUUGUUAGCUACAGGGGGAAUAAAAGGUGUUUUGUGCAGUACUGUGUACUGCCAGUGGAUGUUGUCAAUGUUCUAAUUUACAAUAAAAGCAGAAAAUUCAGUAAACAAAGCAUUGUGGAAAGAGAAACAGUUAAUGUUUCAGGUGCUGAUCCUCUCCGUCAAACCUGGCUCGCAAAGCUCCUAAAAUGAUCAGUCGCAGGUUUGGCAGCUUAACCUCGCCAUGUUCGCACUGUGGUGAUUGAGGUGGGCUUGUCUCAGCCUCUGUGGGUUUACACCAAAGGACACAGAGUGCUGGAGUAACUCAGCGGGUCAGGCAGCCUCUCUGAGAACAUGGAUAGGUGCUGCUUUGGGUUACCCUUCUUCAGACUGAUUAUAGGGGAGUGGGAAGAAAACUGGAGGAGUGGAGAGACAGGACAAAGCGUGACAGGUAAUAGGAGGAUACAGGCGAGGGGGGUUUGAUAGAUAGUUGGUACAAAAGAACAACUUUCUCUUGCUGCUUGUAACGGACUGUGUUUUCAUGUGCAGCUCCCUCUUGCUGUCUCUGAAGGGAAUGCAAGGAAACAUUCUAUGGAGGUAGUUCAAUCUUUGUUCAGAUGUUACUCCGACCCGAGCAAGUACAAUAAUCGUGUUUCAGCUGAAUUUGCUCCAAGUUUUAAAUAAACACAACAAAUGAGCCUCUAUUGUCUCCCAAUGUAGGAAUUCUGAAGAUUAUCUACCCUCUGUAGAAAUUUCUCCUUGUUUUGGUCCCAAAUGGCCUAUCCCUUGUUUGGAAACUGACUCCUGGACCUGGACGUCCCUCCCCCUAUCCAGCCUGUUGAGCCCUUUAAGAUUAUUUUGUUUCAAUUCUAAAGAAAUAUAGUCCCGGGUUACUCCUUCUCUACUCGCAGAACAAACUAACCACUCUUGGAAGCAGUCAAGUGAAUCUUUGGUGUCUUUGCUAAAUGGAAAGUAGAUUCUUUCUUGGGCAGUGAGGUCAAAACUACAUGCAAUAUGGCUGGUAUGGGCUCAACAGGAAGUUCACUCUCUCUGAAGAGUAUUGUGAAGAGACACAUACUCUCUCAAAGGCCAGGCUGACAUCUUAUUUGCAGGCUGUCAUAUUACGGAUGUGCUUGUUAUUACAUAUCUAAUUUUUCUCAUUGGGUUUGUUUCUUAAUUCCUACCUUAAUUUGUGCCAACUAUGGAACUUCUUUUAAAUGAAUUCUGUUGGGUUUAUAUGUGAAAUGCUGGUUUCUUUAAACUAUAGAUGCAGAUGAGACCAGGGCAUUAUUUUCUUUUGAACUUUUUGGUGAAGAUCAAUGUAUUGAUACAUGGCUGACUAUAUGUGCGGGUCUGAUUUUGCAUGAUUUUUGACUAAAUAUUUUUAACUUGUGCAAUCAAUAUAAACGUUUUUUUGUAUUCAAUUCCUUAACUAGAAGUAUAAAGUUCAACUAACUAACAACAGUAUUAUCUGUUGCUAUUUAACA